GUACGUUAAAUACCGCCACGUUUCCAGCGUAAACAUGAAUUGGAUUUUCAGCGAUGUCGAUUAUCUUUAUUGACUUUUAUCAUGUGUUCCCGUCGUUCUGGUAAAUUGUAGUCUCUUAAUUCGUCAGAGAGAAAACGGAAUGUCGAUAUAAAGAUGAAAUUGGGUAAAGAUGUUUAAAGGACCUCGAGAAUUGAGCCAGGUUGACCUGACGAAAUUUGCGGGACACAAAGAUGAGGUAAAUUGUGUAGCCUUUUCGGUGGAUUUUGAGUUUGUGGUGACAGGCAGUGAUGACCAACGUGUUCGAGUGUUUAACUGUAAGACAGGGGAGCUGGUGUGUAAGCUUAAAGGACAUACAGGUGCGAUAAAGAGUGUGGCAGUCAGUCCAGACAGUAAAUACUUUGCCAGUGGCUCCUAUGACAAAACUGUGCGGGUAUGGAGAACCAGAGAUGCAGCCCUAAUGCAUGAGCUCUCAGGUCACUCUAAGAGUGUUGAAGUGGUCGUCUUCUCCCCUGAUGGCCAGUACUUGGCCUCUGGAUCCUGGGACAGGACCGCCAUUCUGUGGGACAGGGAGAGAGGCGUACCAGUGAGAAUAUUUGUGGGGCAUGAAGGUCUAGUCCAGUCUAUAGCUUUCUCACAGGAUGGCCGAUGGCUUGCCACUGGGUCCUGGGAUUUCACAGUGCGACUCUGGACACUGAACAGUCCGGAUGGGGUGGACAAAGUGACCGUGCUGGCGGGACACAGGGGCAAUAUCCGGUCCGUGGUCUUCUCCAAGGACGGCAUGCUGGCCUCGGGGUCCUGGGAUAAGACUGUCCGUCUUUGGAAUCCCCGCAAUGGUCAGCCCCUCCACGUGUUGGAGGGCCACGAGGGCUGGGUGCAGGCCCUUGCCUUCUCCCCGGACGGCAUCUAUGUGGCCAGUGCCGGCGACGACGAGUCUGUCCGGAUCUGGGACGUAGCUGAGGGAACCUGCAUCAAUGUGUUAGAGGGGAGGACUGAUGUAGCGCAGCACUGUGCAUUCACGGCAGGGGGCGCUCUGAUUGCAUCGGGAGCCUGGGGAACCUCCAUGACUCUGACAUGAAUAUUGUUUAUUAAUACCCGACAUAAACUUGCUGACUUAUUGUGCAUUUAUAUACGGCUUUGUUGAUCACACGUUUCCUGUUAUAAUUAUUCAGUGUUAUGGUGCAUGUAUCUUCCAGCGCGCUUUUAAUUUAUUCUAAUUUCUUGGCAAAUGCUUUAUGAAUAUAUAUAUUUAUAAUUAAAGAAAUAAAGAAUGUUCACAAAAUACUGA